UUUAAAUAUUUAAAUAUCGAUUAAAUAUGGAAGACAUGCUGCUUUUCGGCAACCUUGCUGGUAAUAUAAGGCCACCAUUGGCACCUAGAAAGUAUAGAGAAAGGCUACUCACCCUAAAUGAUUUGACAGACAAGCAGCUUCGUUCCAGAUAUAGAUUUGGGAGACAAUCUAUCCAAAGGAUAACUGAUAUUGUUCGUGACGAUAUUACACACCCGACCCAGAGAAGUCACGCACUAAGCGCAGAAAUGCAGGUGCUUGUUGCUUUGAGGUUCUUUGCAUCUGGUAGUUUCAUGCAGGUCAUAGGAGAUACUGUGGGUAUAGAUAAAUCAACAGUUAGUAGAUGUGUUAACAAAGUAUCAAAAGCCCUUGCUUCUAAAUCUGACCAGUACAUCAAAUGGCCGUCAGAACAGAGGAAACGAGAUAUAAAGCAAGGUUUUUAUGACAAUGGUGGAUUCCCUGGAGUAAUUGGUUGUAUAGAUGGUACCCAUGUGAGAAUUGCAGCACCCUCAAGCGACGAACCAUCAUUUGUCAACAGAAAGGGCUUUCAUAGCAUAAAUGUGCAGGCCAUUUGUGAUAAUGAAGGUAAAUUUACAAACAUUGUAGCGAGGUGGCCUGGAAGUGUUCAUGACAGUCAUAUCAUGAGAUGUUCACAAAUAUCUGAACAUUUGGAGCAAGCUCAUAAAUGUGUAGAAGAUGGAUUAAUACUUGGUGACAGCGGUUACGCAUGUAGAAGUUUCCUGAUGACGCCUUAUAUCAGACCGACAGAGCCUUACCACGAGAGAUUUAAUACAGCUCACACGCGCACAAGAUGCUGCAUUGAAAGAACAUUUGGGUGGUGGAAGAAACGAUUUUAUUGCUUGCACGCAGAAUUAAGACUGCAACCAGAGAAAGUAUGCACCUUAAUUAUGGCAUGUGCAGUUUUGCACAAUCUUGCAAUAGAGAUGAGAGAACCGAUGGAGGAUCCUGACGAUGAAAUUCAAAUGUUUUGGAACAUCAGCAAAGAUUUCCAAGGACCAGACGAAGGACGUGUUGUGAGAGAUCACAUUGCAAGGACAUUUUUUGCAUAAUAAUUUUAUUAUAUUACACUGAAGCACAUUAAAGAAUAAUAUCACAGAUAACAUAAAUGUUCAAAAAUUGUA